AUGGAAUUGAGAAUGACUACAAUGGAGAACUCUUUCCUACAAAAGAUUGAUGAAUUCCGUCAAAGCAUGCUGUUGGAGUUUGCGAAACUGCAGGAUCGGCGUUUUCCAAGAAGUGCUCAUUCUUUCCCUUUCGCAGACGAUUUAGUGUAUGAAUCCAAACUGACAAUGAAGGAGAAGGAAAUAGAUACUAAAGGAAAUGAGUUUGAGACUCAAACUCUCAGAACAGGUAUCAUAACAAACAAAGAAGUAGAAGUGCUUGUUGUGUGUCCUCGUGACUUAAGAGCAAAAUAA